CGGACCAGAGCACCGAGGGCAGCCGGACACCGGGAGUGCCACCAUGGCUCAUUCCAAGGGCACAGUGGUCCUGGCUUACAGCGGGGGGCUCGACACCUCCUGCAUCCUGGUGUGGCUGAAGGAGCAGGGCUACGACGUCGUCGCCUACCUGGCCAACAUUGGGCAGAAGGAAGAUUUUGAGGCAGCACGAAAGAAAGCUCUGGCACUGGGGGCCAAGAAGGUUUACAUCGAGGACGUCAGCCGGGAGUUCGUGGAGAAGUUCAUCUGGCCGGCAGUCCAGGCCAACGCGCUCUACGAGGAUCGCUACCUGCUGGGCACAGCCCUGGCACGGCCCUGCAUCGCCCGCGGGCUCGUGGCCAUCGCCCAGCAAGAGGGAGCCCAGCAUGUCGCCCACGGGGCCACGGGCAAGGGCAAUGACCAGGUUCGGUUUGAGCUCAGCUGCUAUGCCCUGUGUCCCAAGAUCAAGGUUGUCGCGCCGUGGAGGCUGCCCGAGUUUUACCAGCGCUUUCCUGGACGCCCUGAGCUGAUGGAUUAUGCCAAGAAACAUGGGAUCCCAGUGCCUGUGACACCCCAGACACCCUGGAGCAUGGAUGAGAACCUAAUGCACAUCAGCUACGAAGCCGGGAUCCUGGAGAACCCCAAGAACCAGGCUCCUCCCGGGCUCUACACCAAGACCUGUGACCCAGCCAACUCUCCCGACACCCCAGAUGUGCUGGAGAUCCAGUUUGAGCGGGGUGUCCCAGUGAAAGUCACCAACACUGGGGAUGGAGCCACUCGUUCCUCAGCCCUGGAGCUCUUUGUGUACCUAAACGACAUCGCGGGCAAGCACGGGGUUGGGCGCAUCGACAUCGUGGAGAACCGCUUCAUUGGGAUGAAGUCCAGAGGUAUCUAUGAGACCCCAGCAGGAACGAUCCUAUACCAUGCACAUUUAGAUAUCGAGGCCUUCACCAUGGACCGGGAAGUGAGGAAAAUCAAGCAGGGACUCUCCUUGAAAUUCUCAGAGCUGGUGUACAACGGCUUCUGGCACAGCCCUGAGUGCGAGUUCCUGCGGGAGUGCAUCGGGCGCUCGCAGGAGCCCGUGGUGGGCACCGUGCGCCUGUCGGUCUUCAAGGGCCAGGUCUACAUCCUGGGCAGGGAGUCCCCACGGUCGCUCUACAACGAGGAGCUGGUGAGCAUGAACGUGCAAGGGGACUACGAGCCCGCCGACGCCACCGGCUUCAUCAACAUCAACUCCCUCAGGCUGAAGGAAUAUCAUCGUCUCCAGAGCAAGGUCACCGUAAAGCAGGAUGAAUAGCAAUCAAUCGCACGCGAGCCUCCCGCUCCCCUUUCUAAUUCCUCUAAGAAGUAGCGCUAAUUGUGGUGGCAAUUUGUAAUUGUAACUCGUCUCCCUGGAGCGGCGGAGGUGACGGCUUUGUUACGGGGCUGCAAGUGAAAUGCAAUCGCGGGGUGGGGGGGGAAAAAAGAGGUUUAUCCAUCGGAGGAGAAGUGGGGAAAGAAAUAAACCCCCAGCCACGCGUGGGUCCGGCACCGAGAGCCGGGAUUUA